AUGUCAACGACAACAUCUGUACAUCCACAGGUUGUGGAUGGCUUAGCGUUGACGGAAAUAUUCCAUGGACUUACCUCGAGCUCUGAUGAAGAGAGACAACGGUAUGCACAGGAAUUAUUCAAUUAUUUAUCUUCAAUAGCCAGAGACUUGACGAGCGAACAAUUCAAUAGAUACAAUAAUGACAUCAAUAAAACGAUAUUCGACCUUUUGCAUAGGGAAAAAACAUCUGAAGUCUUAGGUGGAAUUGCGGCUCUCAAUACAUUGAUUGAGUUUGAUUCCGGUGUUGGCAAGGAAAAUGCUAGCAAAACCGCUCGUUUUUCCAACUACCUCGGAUCUUUGAUCUUAUCUAACGACUUGGUGAUUAUGAGACAAGCCACUAGAACCUUGGGAAGAUUAGCCACGCUAGGCGGUAAUUUAACCGGCGACUUUGUCGAUUAUGAAGCGAAAAGAGCCAUUGAGUGGCUCCAGAAUGACAGCAGGCAGCAUGAAAACCGAAGGCAUGCUGCAUUAUUGAUUAUAACAGCAUUGGCUGAUUAUGCACCAACAUUGCUCUACCCAUUGACAAGUCAAAUAUUUGAAAAUUUGUGGUCGCCAUUGCGUGAUUAUAAGCUUAUUAUUAGAUUGGAUGCAGCAGUGGCAUUACAAAAAUGCAUGCUGACACUUUACAAUAGAGAUCCUACUGCCCGUCUGUUUUGGAUUAGAAAAAUGAUUGACCUUGCGUCUGAAACACUAGGUCAAAAUAACAAUAACCCGGAAACAGGAAGUGACAUCCAAAGCUCGUACAAUAUCAUUCAUCCCAAUACUCAAUCGACUGAAAAUAUACAUGGUGCGCUAUUAGUCUACAGAGAGUUGCUAGAUUACUACAAUGAUCCAUUCAUUGUGUCGCGUUUUGAAGCCAUGUAUGAAAAUACUAUACUAUACAAGCAGCACAAACUGCCCAUUAUUAGACAGGAGUUGGCAAACGUUAUUCCUUUACUAUGCAAGGUAAAUACCGAGCUUUUUGUGGAAAAAUAUCUUCACCGGACUUUCUAUUACUAUUUAUCGCAAUUGAAGAAAUACAAGAAUCAGCAUGGCGAAGUUGCAAACUCCGAUAAAAGUGCAAUUUUUCGAAGCAUUGGCUUGAUAUCGUUGCAAGUUGGCAAUCAGACUGCUACGUAUUUGGACGCGAUUUUAGACAAUAUUAGAGAAGGGUUGGCAUAUACGUCAAGCUCGGGAGUACAACUGAUAUUGGCGAAUGCAACGACACAGAACGAAAACAUAAACGCGAUUUCUACAAGUAUUGCUUCACUAUCAUCAGGCUCAAAGUAUGCAGCAAGCAGGAAAGAGACAGAGCCAGCUAUAUUCGAAUGCAUUGGGCAAUUAUCGGUAGCUGUUGGUCCUGCUUUGACCAAACACUUACAAAGGGAUAUUUUGGACAUGAUGUUUGCCAACUGCUCCCUCUCGAAACACAUGCAAAAUGUUUUGCAAACCUUGAUAACUAACAUCCCCACGUUAACCAAUGUGAUUAACGAAAAACUUUUGAAUCUUUUGAGCUUGGUUCUUUCAGGACGAGGAUUUCAGCCUCCAGGCUCUCCAUACGGGUCAAUCAAAGUUAAGCAGAAUUUGGCAAAGAAUUGCCGUCUCAUAAUGAUUUCCAGAGAUACCGGUAUGAGCAUUAAUACCCUCAAAUCGGAUCCUCAGCGCCACCAGAGAUUAGAUAACGCAAUUGUAGUUCAAGCUUUGGAGAUGUUGGCUGCGUUUGAAUUUGAGAAUUAUCAACUAAAUGAAUUUGUACGAUUCUGUACUAUUACGUACCUUCAAAGUGAGAGUCCCAGAGUGAGACUUACUGCAACAUGUACAUCAUGUGAGAUUUUUGUCAAGGAUCCAAUUUGUCAACAAGUAAGCAUCAAUGCGUUGAACGCGGUCAACGAAGUGUUGGGGAAGCUUCUAGCCAUAUCGAUUACUGACCCUGUACUUGAAAUUCGGAUAGCUGGGCUUGAUGCACUUUCAAAUGCGGGGAAUUUUGACCCUCAAUUGUCACAAGCCGAUAACGUUAGGUUACUUUUCAUUGCUUUGAACGAUGAGAUAUUUGAAGUUAGGAGAAUUGCAAUGAAAAUCUUGGGGAAACUAUCCUCCAUUAAUCCAGCUUAUAUUGCGCCAUUUUUGAGAAAGACUUUGAUUCAACUCUUGUCGAAACUUGAGUAUUCGACAACCAGUCGGAAAAAGGAAGAGACCGCUAUGUUGUUGUCAACGCUUAUUAGCAGCUCAAAGGAGUUGACCAGACCCUACGUUAAGCCAAUUGUCGAAGCGCUUUUACCAAGAGCCAAAGACAUAAGCUCAUCAGUUGCAUCAAGUGCCAUCAAGUGUCUAGGAGAUCUCGCUGUAGUUGGUGGAGAGGACAUGAAACUGUUCAUCCCUAACCUUAUGCCGUUGAUUCUCGAGACCUUUCAAGACCAAAGUUCAUCGUAUAAAAGGGAUGUUGCGUUGAAAACUUUGGGGCAGUUGUCCUCUUCGUCUGGCUACGUUAUUCAACCAUUACUUGACUAUCCUCAGCUUCUUGGAAUGCUAGUUGCUAUCUUGAAGUCUGAUAACUCCAUUCAAAUCCGGAGAGAAACUGUUCGACUUUUGGGUAUUUUGGGGGCCUUGGACCCAUACAAACACAGGGAAGUUGAACAGAGCUCAAAGAGUAUACCAGCUGAACAAAAUGCUCCGCCAGUUGAUGUAGCGUUGCUAAUGCAAGGCAUGUCGCCAUCCAAUGAAGAAUACUACCCAACAGUGGCAAUAACCAAUUUGAUGAAGAUUUUGAAAGAUCCCUCGUUAAAUGUACACCACACAAAGGUAAUCCAAUCGAUCAUGUACAUUUUUCAAACUUUAGGUCUUAGAUGUGUUACAUUUUUGCCGCAAAUUAUUCCGGGUAUUAUUAGCGGCAUGCAUACAUGUCAACAAUCUAUGCUCAAGUUUUAUUUUCAACAAUUGGGAGAUAUCAUUCUUAUAGUUAAACAGCAUAUCAGGCCGUUCCUAGCCGACAUUCUCAAAGUAGUUAAGGAAUUCUUUUAUGUCAACACCCAGUUGAAUUUGCAGGUUACCAUUAUUAAUGUCAUUCAAUCGAUAUCGAAGGCAUUGGAAGGGGAAUUCAAAAUGUACAUCCCAGACGUUCUCACCCUAUUGCUUGGAGUGUUUGACGAUGAUAAAUCCGCAAAGAAAGUAUCCUCGUUACAUGUAUUGAAGAGCUUUGUUAUUUUCGGACAAAGUAUAGAGGAAUACGUUGACAUCAUUGUACCCACAAUUGUUAAAAUGUUUGAAGUUGGGCCAUUGGAAUUACGUAAGGCGGCCGUUGAUACAAUUGGGAAAUUGUCGAGAAAUGUAAUGUUGAAUGAUAUGUCCUCGAGAAUCAUUCACCCUAUGUUGAGACUAUUGAACCUGGGACCUGAGGAGUUGAGAGAACUGUGCGUAAACACGUUGAGCCAUAUGCUUGUUCAGUUGGGUUCCGAGUUCACAGUGUUUGUACCCAUCGUUCAAAAGACAUUGAUGCAGAAUAAGAUCCAAGCACCUAAAUUUGAGCAACUUGUCGGUAAGCUUUUGAAUGGAGAACCGUUACCCUUACAUUUGGAUCUGUACAAGGACUACGACCGCGGAGUGUUUAAUACAGAAGACUCCGAAAUGCCCCUGAAAAAACUCCCCGUUAAUCAAGCCGUUUUGAAAGCAGCUUGGGACGCAAGUCAGCGAAGAACCAAGGAGGACUGGCAAGAAUGGAUUGCACGUUUGAGCAAAGAGUUGCUAUUACAGAGCCCUUCCCAUGCAAUAAGAGCUUGUGCUGGACUUGCAGCUGAUUAUUACCCUUUGGCAAAGGAUUUGUUUAACGCAAGUUUCGCCAGUUGCUGGAGUGAAUUGUAUUCACAACACAAAGAAGAACUAGUGCAAUCUUUCUGCAUUGCCCUUUCAUCGCCCACAAACCCACCAGAGAUUCAUCAGAUCUUACUUAACUUGGCCGAAUUCAUGGAGCACGACGACAAAUCACUUCCUAUCGCCAUCUCAACUUUAGGACAGUACGCGCAACGGAGUCACGCAUUUGCAAAGGCAUUGCAUUAUAAAGAGUUGGAAUUUUAUGAAGAGCCUACGACACCAACUAUUGAAAGCUUGAUUAGCAUCAACAAUCAGCUUCAGCAAUCAGAUGCAGCCAUCGGAAUUUUGAAGCACGCUCAAUUACAUCACGAUCUUCAACUUAAGGAGACCUGGUAUGAAAAGCUUCAUCGUUGGGAUGACGCAUUGCAAGCCUACAACGAAAGAGAGAAAACCGAGCCUGACAACAUGGAAAUUACAAUGGGUAAAAUGAGGUGUUUCCACGCUUUGGGAGAGUGGGAACAGUUGUCAGAGUUAGCUCGUGCUAAAUGGGACAACUCGCCAGGUGACAUUAAACGCAAUGUGGCCCCGCUAGCUGCUGCCGCCGCAUGGGGCUUGGGCCAGUGGGAUAGGAUGGAUUCAUGCAUCAAAGUGAUGAAAGCUGCCUCGCCUGAUAAGGCAUUUUUCAAUGCAAUCUUGAGCUUGCAUAGAAACAACUUUGAGGAUGCUUCAGAGCAUAUUACCAAAGCAAGAGAUCUAUUGGUAACUGAGAUUACUGCACUUGUGAGUGAAAGUUACAGUAGUGCAUAUGGUGUUGUUGUUAGGGUUCAAAUGUUAGCUGAGUUGGAAGAAAUCAUCAAAUAUAAAUGUUUACCGCAAGGGUCGGAGAAGAGGAUAGUUAUGCGUAAGACAUGGAACACUAGAUUACUCGGUUGCCAACGCAAUGUUGACAUUUGGCAACGGAUGCUAAAAGUUAGGGCUCUAGUUAUUAAGCCAAAGCAGGACAUGGAUAUGUGGAUCAAAUUUGCCAACUUAUGUAGAAAGUCGGGCAGGCUAAAUUUGGCUGAGAAAUCUUUGAACUUGUUAUUGGAAGAAGGCACUCCAGAGAAUCCUUCGCGUGCACCACCACAAGUUGUAUACGCUCAGUUGAAGUAUAUGUGGGCAAAGGGACAAAGGCCCGAAGCAUUGCGUCAUUUAGUUGAUUUCACCACGAGGAUGUCACAGGAUCUCGGUCUUAACCCAAAUGAUUUAAUAACUCAGCCACUACCCACUGAAGGACCCGGAGUUCCCAAGCACGUUGAGGAAUAUACUAGGCUUCUAGCUAGAUGUUUCUUAAAACAAGGCGAAUGGCAAAUUGCAUUGAACAAUAACUGGCGGUCAGAAACUUCUGAAAUUAUUCUUGGUGCUUAUUUAUUGGCAACUCAUUUUGAUAGCAAAUGGUACAAAGCAUGGCAUAAUUGGGCGCUUGCGAAUUUUGAAGUCAUUUCAUUGUACACGGGUAAAAGCGAAACCAAUAAUAAGAUUGAAACCUUGGAGGAACGUCGAAAUGGUGCACUGGGUGAAGACGUAGGUGCAUUACAGCAAAGACCUUCAAAAGCAGGGCAAACCCAGGUGAAUAGUGUACCUGCUAGUCUAGAAAUACCAAUGGAAGCGGUACAAAGACAUGUCAUUCCCUCGAUCAAAGGUUUUUUCCACUCCAUUGCAUUAUCCAACUCUAAUUCACUUCAGGAUAUGCUUCGUUUGCUUACCUUGUGGUUCAAAUUUGGUGGCAUACCCGAAGCUGCCCAAGCUAUGACUGAAGGUUUCAGUAUGGUGAAAAUUGACAACUGGCUAGAAGUUGUCCCGCAGCUUAUUUCCCGAAUUCACCAACCCAACGAGGUAGUUAGUAGAUCCUUAUUUGGACUUUUGACAGAUUUGGGCAAGGCACAUCCACAAGCGUUGGUAUACCCUUUGACUGUGGCAAUAACAUCUGAGUCUGCAAGUCGAAAAAGAGCAGCGCAAUCGAUAAUUGAGAAAAUGAGAUUCCACUCUGCCAGUUUGGUUGACCAAGCGGAACUAGUGAGUACUGAAUUGAUCAGGGUUGCAGUUUUGUGGCACGAACAAUGGUAUGAAGGUUUAGAGGAUGCCUCGAGGUUGUUCUUUGGUGAACGAAACACUUCUAAAAUGUACGAGGUCUUGGAGCCGUUGCACCGCACGUUACAGAAAGGGCCCGAGACAAUGAGAGAACAGGCUUUUGCAAACGCAUUUGGAAGAGAAUUAGCAGACGCUUUCGAGUGGGUGCUAAACUUUAGAAGAACCAAGGACAUGACAAAUUUGAACCAGGCUUGGGAUAUUUAUUACAAUGUGUUUAGAAGAAUCACUAGACAGUUGCCGCAAUUGGUCACCCUUGAGUUGCAAUUUGUUUCUCCAUUGUUGGACAAAGCCCGAGACUUGGAGCUUGUUGUUCCAGGUACUUAUGAGGCGGGAAAGCCCGUCGUUCGGAUUAUGAAGUUCGAUCCGACUAUAUCUGUUAUUUCAUCAAAGCAAAGACCCCGAAAGCUUUCAUGCAAGGGAAGUAAUGGGAAAGACUAUCAAUACCUUUUGAAAGGUCAUGAGGAUAUACGACAAGAUAAUCUUGUGAUGCAGUUGUUUGGCUUGGUUAACACGUUGUUAGUAAAUGAUCCCGAGUGUUUCAAGAGGCAUUUGGACAUUCAGAGAUACCCGGCAAUUCCGCUUUCACCCAAAGUGGGUUUACUUGGCUGGGUGCCCAAUAGUGACACGUUCCACAUGCUAAUUAAAGGCUAUAGGGAAUCACGGAAUAUUAUGUUAAAUAUCGAGCAUCGAUUACUAUUGCAAAUGGCCCCGGAUUAUGACAUUUUGACAUUGUUGCAGAAAGUGGAAGUUUUUGCUAGUGCUCUAGACAACACAAGAGGACAGGAUUUGUACAAGGUUUUGUGGUUAAAAUCAAAGUCUUCUGAGGCAUGGUUGGACAGAAGGACCACUUACACAAGAUCUUUGGCGGUAAUGUCUAUGGUUGGGUAUAUUUUAGGGCUUGGUGAUAGGCAUCCUUCCAAUUUGAUGCUUGACAGAAUAACCGGAAAAGUCAUACAUAUUGACUUUGGUGAUUGCUUUGAAGCUGCAAUUUUGCGAGAAAAGUAUCCAGAAAAGGUACCUUUUAGAUUGACGCGUAUGUUAAACUAUGCAAUGGAGGUGAGUGGAAUUGAAGGAUCAUUUAGAAUUACUUGUGAGCAUGUUAUGCGGGUCUUGAGGGAUAAUAAGGAAUCCUUGAUGGCAAUUUUAGAAGCAUUUGCUUACGACCCAUUGAUUAACUGGGGAUUCGACUUUCCAACGAGAGUUUUGGCAGAGACAACAGGCAUUAAAGUUCACCAAAUCAACGUGGGCGAGUUGUUGAGAACAGGGCAGAUUGAUGAAGCUGAGGCCGCCAGACUCCAGAAACAGAAUGAAUUAGAAAUUAGAAAUGCCAGGGCAGGCUUGGUUUUGAAAAGAAUUACAGAUAAACUCACUGGUAAUGAUAUCAAGAGACUCAAAGGCUUGGAUGUGCCCACCCAGGUUGACAAAUUGAUACAACAGGCUACAAGUGUAGAAAACUUAUGUCAACACUACAUUGGAUGGUGUUCAUUUUGGUGA